AUGGCCUCCAAACCCAGCGCCCUAUUCGUCUGCAUCCACAAUGCUGGCCGCUCCCAAAUGGCCGCCGCAUACCUCAACCAUCUCUCCGGCGGUGCGAUCGAAGUCCGCUCCGCUGGCUCAGCACCCGCCAACACCGUCAACCCCAUGGUCGUCGAAGCCAUGCUCGAAGAAGGCAUCGACAUCCGCGACCAAAAACCAAAGAUUCUAACCCCCGAAUCUGUCGAAGCUAGCGAUGUGUGCAUUACCAUGGGCUGUGGUGACGUGUGCCCCUUUUUCCCAGGGAAGAGAUAUCUUGACUGGAAGCUUGAUGAUCCUGCUGGGCAGGGGAUUGAGGCUAUAAGGCCGAUCAGGGAUGAGAUUCGGCGACGGGUUGAGGGUUUGAUUAAGGAGAUGUUGCAGUCGGAAUGA